AGGUGGAGAGCCUCAUGUCGGACUCUACGCCCCAAAAGGCUGUGCUACAAUGUAUAAAGCAUGGUGGAAGCGAGCGCUGCCUGAUAAACUGCCGGUCCCACGUCUACAACAUUCCUGGUCUGCAGGAUUCUUACACAGUCACCUGUGGCAAAACGAAACACGCCAGGGGCAAUGAAACGGUCUUUUCAGAUGCAGUGAAAGCGAGCGUCACGUUCCGGAUGAAUGACGGCACGUGCAGAGUGAGGCGGACGGAGCCGCACCAGGGCCUCUCGCAGCAGAAGCUAUCAGAGAGACAGUCCCAUGUCUAUGAAAGCCUUUCCUUCGUCAACAUAACGUGCAAGAGACGGCUGAGCGGACGCAAGACAUCUGCCAAGGAGACCCUUAUAACUGCUCACUUUGAGCUGGACAUAAACCAGAAGGAGGUGACAGAGACUUGCAGUCUCAGCUGUGUCCGUGGGAAAGCAGAAAAAAGGCUGCGCAAGACCAUCAGGACCCUGCGGAAAGCGAUUGGCAAGGACAACUUUCAUGUUAGACUAUCUGGCAAGGAUUUUGAGGUCUCAAAGAAAAUGCCUCGUUCGUCAGAAAACCAGGAGGCAUGCGGAACUGGACAAAUCCGCGUGGACAGUCGAUGCGCUAGCUGUCGUGCCGGAACGUACUACGACGAGGACAAGGAGCAGUGCGUCUUAUGUCCGCACGGAACGUUCCAGAUCGAGGAAGGGCAGAUAACGUGUGAAAUGUGCCCCGACAAUCGGGACCACCCAAAGCACGCUGGCGCUCGAGACGUGUCUGAGUGUGGAGGCCUGUGUCCUCCAGGUGAAAUCUCCUCGGAUGGUUUUUGGCCUUGUGGUCCGUGUCCGCUCGGGACGUACCAGUCGGAAUCUGGGCGCACAUCUUGUAUUUCCUGUGGCGGAGGACUAACAACUAAACAGAGCGGCGCCUCGUCUUUCCACGACUGUGAAACUAGAGUUCAGUGUUCACCGGGACAUUCAUACAACGCGACGUCGCACAGAUGUAUUCGCUGCCCGGUGGGGACUUAUCAGCCGGAGUUUGGACAGAAUCAUUGUAUUUCUUGCCCAGUAAACACCAGCACUGACUUUGAUGGAUCAACUAACAUCACCCAGUGUAAAAGUACGGAACGAGAUUUGUAGGAUUACAUGCUAGAAGCAAAAGCGGUCUAAACAUGGUGUUCUACAGUCCUGAAUACAUAAUAGGAAUUCGGGAUCAAUGAUUUACAGAUUGCAAUGAAAGCUGCCAGAACCUCAUACAUUCACUAUGCGGGUCCCCAACCCGGGAAUGGGGCACACGCUGGGAGGAAAUACCUGUUUUCCCAGACCAAACCUCUCACUG